GACUGCUGUCACGAACUGCUCGGUCAUAUGCCUCUUCUUGCUGAUCCUGGUUUUGCCCAGUUUUCCCAGGAGCUCGGGUUGGCUUCUCUCGGGGCACCGGACGAGGAAGUCAAGAAAUUGGCCGCUGUAAGCCGUCAAUGA